GUUGUGGCUAUCCUGCAAUUCCAUGACUAAAAAAAAUCCAAUACAACUUAAUAUCAGUUCUGUAUUCAGCAUUAUCAGGGAAAAUAUGUCUACUGUUGUUUUGGAACUUGUAAACUGUUGCAACGUGACGGUACCGUCACUGCAAAGCUGCAGGUCAUGUAACGAUGGCAGAGUUGAGUGCGACCUUCUUUCCCAUGAAAACUUGACAUUGAAUUUGGAAACAUGCAAUAUUACAUUUAUGGACCUAAUAUGGUGUGAGCAAAGACCAUUCAAGUCAACUGUCAGUACAUCUCCCACUGCAUCACAACCCGCAGAGACUAGUUUUCUUUUAUCUGCAACGACAUAUUAUCAAAUAACAACCACACCGUCAACAUCAUUCGGUACUGUACUUGAUACCACAUCGACACCCGCAUCAAUAUCGACACCCGCUUCAAUAUCGACACCCGCUUCAAUAUCGACAUCCGCUUUGACAUCGUCACUUGUCUUAUCAUCGACAUCCGCUUCAACAGCGACAUUCGCUUCAAUAUUGACACUCGCUUCAACAUCGGCGAUCGCGUCAAUAUUGACAUUCGCUUCAACACCGACAUUCGCUUCAACCAGUUCUAACGUACUCAGCCAUAAAAAUAGCACGGAGCCUACUUCAAUUAAGAGCACACCAGUGUCAAGCACUGACAAUUCCACAAAUAUCAACGUCGAGAAUUCCACUGCGCCUGCGCAAGAGUCACAUUCGAUGAAGAAUCUGUACACGUUUUUGAUUGUGGCUGGAGUUCUGUUCGUUCUCGUUAUCCUUCUCGUCUGCUUCUUCUUCUGCAGAAAAACGCGCGAGAAGGCUUCGAUAAGUCACGUGGACUAUCCGUUGGAAUACUGGCACGACCGCGAGUACAUAGAGGGCGUGGUCGAGAAAAGCUACUGUCCCACUUCUGCCACCCUCGUCAUCAACCCCGUAUACGAGAACGGAAAGGGCAACCAGGCCGCCACGGCGCCAACGCAGCGGUACCGGAAGAAGGAAGACUCUCUAGAUAGGCGAUCAAACCAACAAAGGAAACCGUCUGACCACUUGAAAAGAUCUAACGCCAAUCGUCAGAGGUCCAAUGGUUCGUCCGAGGGGCCGAGAAAAGCCAGGCGCGACCAUGCCGAGAACUACGUAGCCACGGCUGCCGGCAGCAACUUCUACCAAUACGACCAGCCUGCACGUGCUGAGCCGAGAACCAACUUGGACGAUGACUCGACAUACAACGAAGUCGACCUUGGAAACCCGGGGCCGGCAAACAUUACCGGAAACGGUGGGACAAGUUCUUUCCGUCCGGCCUCCCGAGAAGGACGCCGGAAGCGGCGGGCCCCUAGAGGCCCAGGGUCCCGUCACAGUGACUGGGAGAGCGAAGGGGAACGCGCUGAUCACGAGGUGUACGCCAUCAGCUACAAGAACCGCCUCCAGAAGAACCUUGAUGACUGGUCAGCGGAGGAGUCGGACGUGUGAACGGAUGUGUACCGGAUGUGUACCGGAUAUGUGACUGAAUGUGUGACCGAACAUGUUUCCGGACUUGUGACCGGAGGCAUCGACUGGAUUUUUGAAUGAAUGUGUGACCGGACGUGUGAUUGGACGUGUGACUGAGUGCCGUAAACUAGUAUGUGUUGUGCUCUGAAAGAAUGCGGUUACAUGCAUGUGCGUGAAGUAUUGUCUCAGAUUAGCCUGUGCAGUCCGCACAGACUUAUCUUAAACGACACUCUCCCCAUUAACGGUAUUUUUUGUUUCAAUGAAGUAUAUUUUUAGCGAAAUUCCAGUUUCGACGGAAAGUGUUUUCCCUGCUUAACGUUUGCGGAGUGCACUGGCUAAUCUGGAUCGACACUUUACCCACAUGCAUUUAGCCCAGUUUUUCGAGAACGUAACUUAACUGACCUAUUAGCAUAUUCCGUUUAGUUUGAGUAUGGACAAGGGCAAAUAUUACGUAUAAGUGCUUUGAGAAAAAGUUCAGUUUGCAUGUAACUUUUUUUAGUAUGUAUUUUUAAAAUAAAUUUCCUUUCAUAUGUUAUGAUUUUUCGGUUUUGUUUGAUGUAAUCUGUAAUGUCAUUAUAAUAAUAAA